AUGGCAUCCCAUCAACUUGCCAUCGCGAAGGCCUCCUUCUCAGCGGGGCUGCUGCGACCCGACCCGACCUCCGUACCCCGCGACGCGAUCACCGCCUUCCACACCUUGCUCGACCGGGCGCUGUCGCAAUGCACCCCGGCAAACAUCCAGACCUGCAAGACCUGGCUCCUCGACCACCAAGUGGUCUCCUCGUCCAAUCGCGUCGGCGUGUGGGCCAAGUACCUGGUCGCGCUGUCGGGCUCAUUUGACGAUGCUCCCCCGUCCAAAACCUCGGCGAAGCGCAAACGCCUCCACAUCCUCUACCUCCUGAAUGACCUCUUCCACCACACCAAAUACCACCUCCCGACGACCGCCGCCUUCGCGACGCUGACCGGCGCCCUGCAGCCGCACGUUGUUGACCUCCUCGGCGCCGCCGCCGGCUACUCCCGCGAGCAGCACCCGAAACACCACCGCCGGCUGGACGAGCUCCUCGACAUUUGGGCGAAGAACGGCUACUACGCCGCCGACUACGUGCUGAAGCUCCGCGAGGUCGUGCAGAAUGCGGCGCUGUCCGGCCCCGUCAAGACCUCGCUGAUCGUCGAGGAGAGCAUCGCCCAACACCAAAAGAACGUGCCGUUUGUCAUGCCGGCCACGCACGGCGAUCCCGCCACCCCCUGGUAUGAUCUGCCCGCCGGCAAUCUGAUCCCGCAUAUCAUUCCGGAUGAGCCGGUGCCGUUGCGCGGGGAGACCAUCAGGCCGUUGCAGUUUCUGGCCGGGCCCGCCGAUGGGAAGUUGGUGGCGGCGUUGAAGCGGUUUCUGGGCGAGGUGGACGGGAUCUACGCGGGGGCCGCGGACGAGGCGGUCGAGCUUGAGGAGGAUGAGGUCGUGGAUUUGGAUGAGUUGGGCCAGCUCGUCGUGCGCGAGAGCUUGAGUGGCGAGAUUGUCAAGGGCGAGACGUAUUAUGGCUGGUCGAGGGGGUUCUGUCAGCAGAUGAAGAAACGGGCCAAGAAGGGGAAGGUGGAGCGCAGCCGCAGCCGCAGCAGGAGCAGAAGCAGGAGCACGCGCAGUCGCAGUCGCGGCUCGUAUCACAAGCGACGGUACAGCGAGAGCGAGAGCGAGACGGGCGGACGCUGGAGGGAUGACAGUCGGUCGCCGCACAGACGGCGCUACGAUGCGCGGCCUCAGUCGCGGUCCCGCUCGCGGACGAGGUCGCGAUCGCCCCCUCCGCGUGCAGGUGCGUGGCAGCAGCUGGGGCAGCAGCCGGGGCAGCGAGACCGGUCGUACUCUCCCCAGCCGGCGCCGGCUGGCUAUCAUCCGGACUAUCGCCAACCGCCUGCUCCUGCCUCGAAUCCCUACGGCCAUGCUCCCCCUCCUCCGUCGCUACUUCCGCCCACACCACACGGCCUUCCGCCCGCUCCUCCCCAUCCAUCCAUGGGCUAUCCCCCGCCGCCUCCUCCUUCCUCGUACCAGGCCGGAUUCCCCCCGGGUCCACCGGGUCUACCCCACGCUCCUCCUCCUCCCCCUCCCCCGAACUACCAGGGCCCAUGGCCGCCCCCUCCGCCUCCCAUGCCCUUCGCGCCUCCGCAGCAGCCCUCCCACUUCCCGCCGCCAUAUCAACAGGGGCCGCCCGGCCAACCACCCGCUCAAUACCACCACCCACCGGGCCAGUACCAAGCACAACCAGGCCCCUACGCCCAGCAAAUGCCCCCGGGAUCUUACCACUUCCCGCCGCCACACGCGCCACACGCGUCUCACGGCCACGGCCAUGGCCGGGGAUGGCAGCAGUACCCGCACGGGGGUAGAUAGUCGAUAGUGCAUCUCCAUAGAGCGGUAGAUAGAGAAUAUCCACACAAUGUACC